AUUGAAAAGCCGUCAAUGUGAGAAGUUGCGUCAACUUUGACGAGGGAAAACAUUUCUUUUAAAUUUAGGCAAUUGUUGUUUCUCUCACAUAUUCAGUUCGAAUUGAUUAUCUUUAGCGCAUCGAAACAUAUUUAGAAAAUGUGCCAAUUACUCCAGUCAGGGCCAGCCACCCUCUUUUUGGUGGCCGCCCUGUUGUCUUACUCCGGCCCAGUUGAAGGCGGCCAGAAAACAUCAAAAUUUCUGUCAACUCUGAACGACACCGGAAGUGAGUGGCAGACACCUGGAGAAUUGGGGGAAGAAAGUAACGAGGAGAUGCGAAUGGUCGGCAGUGACGUUGCUCAACGGAAUCAGUACCCCUACAUGGUAUCAUUGGCGUAUCAACGCAAUGGCCGCGUUUAUAAAUUUUGCGGCGGCUCACUUAUCACUUGGAAUAAAAUUUUGACAGCGGCUCAUUGCGUCACCGAAAGCCAAUCCACCAAGCUAUUAGAUCCGAGGGAAUUGACCGUUUUACUGGGUGCGCACGAACUGAGCGGAAGUCGAAACGACGCCCAACUGUCCCGAAAUGUCGCCAAAAUCAAAAUCCACGAGAAAUACAAUCCCAAACAUUGGUUCAACGACAUCGCCAUCCUAACGCUGGAGCAUCCCGUCAAAUUCUCCGCGUCAAUCUCGCUCGUUUGUUUGCCAGCGCAAGGGUCCACCUACAUGUACGACGGCAGGUUGGCGUUCGCCAAGGGCUGGGGACACACGAAAGAAGACGGAAAAGCCUCGGAUUUCCUUCGCCAUGUCACUAAAAGAAUUCUCAACCAAUCCAAAUGCCGGCAAAUUUACAAAUUCAACGAGUACCAAGACCACAUGCUGUGCGCUUACGAGCCUGGCAAAGGAACUUGUCAAGGCGAUAGUGGCGGUCCGCUUGUCGUCAAAUCGACUGGACCGAAAUGCAAAUAUGAACAAGUUGGGAUCGUCAGCUGGGGAAUCGGAUGUGCUAGACAAGGAUACCCAGGCGUUUUCAUGAGAGUGACGUCAUUCCUGCCCUGGAUCAAGAUAAACACGCAAUAUUAAACCUGUUCGGAGCUAACAAAUAAAAAGUUCUCAUGGAAACCAUUGACUGGGUGUUAAUGUGAAAUACAUUUGAUCACAUCGACGACGACCAGAUCGCACAAUAAUUUAGCUUUAAUUUCCUAUUCUCUACAUUAAAGGAAACAUUCUCAUAAAAAACGUUUCAUUUCGUCGGCAAAUAAUAAAAAAAUUAAGGACCGUGAUGUUAAGCUAUACAUGGCUAUACUCCUUUGAUAGAAAACAUACGGUACUCAAACAAAAAUCAUCUGAAUUCAAAUAUUAAAAAAUUACAGAGAAAGACCGAGAAAGACAUUUUUCCAAUUUUUGGCAAUUCGCAGAAUCGCAACGAUUUCAAAUGUUCUUGGAUGUAAUCAAUUACCAGGACCGGAAGAAGUACCGGUGUGGCAGUAAGACCCUGUUGGUGACAAAAAAAUGCUCAAGUGGCACUUUGCUUCAAGUUUUUCAAAU